CAGCGCGUUUCAGUAUCUGCUAUCGAUUAUCACGCGGAAUUAAUUAUCGUUAUGAGAUUAUCGAAUCUUGGCGAAGUGCUAUCAACAUAUCUAUCUAGCUAAUAAACAAAACAUGACGACUAAUAAAAAGAAUGCAGAAUUGAGAGAACAACUAAUAGCGGCAGUGAUUAAAAAGCGCGCUGCGCUUGCCAGAGCGCAUCAGAUAGUUGUCACGCUUUUAGAGCCACAAAUAGAGGAAGCUGCAUUUAUUGACAUGCUGGCUGAAAUUGGACCGGAAAACUAUGCAGACGUUGUGGAAGAGCGACACAUAAACAAGUUAUGUGGUUAUCCUCUAUGUGCAGUUGCAGUCGAAAAAGUAACCACAAAGAAGUACCAAAUCUGUGGAAUUAAGAAUAAAGUGUACGAUUUAACGGAGCGUAAAAAGUUCUGCAGUGGUCAAUGCUUCAAGGCAUCGGAAUAUAUCAAAUCACAAAUUCCCACAUCUCCUUUGUGGCUCCGCGAUAAAGAACAGAGACCAAAUUUUAAAUUAUUUCCAAUUAAAAAUGAUCCUACACCACUGUGA